CGCAUAUAUUCCCGAGAACUAACCUUACUAAAUUUAUUUCACCCUGCUAGAACUUUCUAGCUUACAAGUUUCAAAAUGCACUAUCACGAAUAUUUUCUGGAUUCGAUCAGCGACGACUGGAAACGUAUUUACACGGCAACGCUUUCCAGGACGUCUUUGCAGAAUAUAGCCAAGCAUUCCAUUGGCGAAACAUUAACUGGAAAACUGAUUCACACUGUAGCAAAAAAUGUGCGCAAAGACAUAAGCAAAGUAGUUGCUGAGGCAGUGAAGUAUGCUCGACGAACGCGGUCUUCAAAAGUGAAAAUGGAUCACUUGUUGUUUGCUCUGGAGGAGCACAAUAUUAAUUUGGACCUUCUACAUAUAAAUUACACCUGGCCAGAACCCAAAGACAUAGAUAAGCCCGUCACAAAGUCACGAAUUAUAAAACGACCCUUUAGUAUGCCGUCUGAAAUAUUUUUAAGAAGGAAAAGGGCGCGGUCAAUGUCGCCAGAUGCGAAAGUCCGUGACACACCAACAGGCACUCGCAAUCAGUGGCUGAAACGCGAGCAGGUGCUACUAAUGGCAAAUAAAAAAUUUCCAUUAUCUAAGGAGCAACAAGAGUUCUAUGUCCUAAUCACAGAGACGUGCAUGGGCAUCUCCGAGUCGACGCGCCGAGAGGCGCUACAACGUCUAAGCUCCGAUUCAUCAUUGCAGCCAAUGCUCUCCAAACUGAGUUUGUUCAUCGGUGAGGCAGUCAAGGUGAAUGUGGUGCAACAGAAUUUUGCUCUGCUACUAUAUUUGAUGCGUAUGGUGCACAGUCUACUGAUCAAUCCCCAUUUAAAGCUUCACAACUACCUACACAUUUUCAUACCAGCUGUACUCUCCUGCAUUGUGGCUCGGCAGGUUUGUGCCUUUCCGGCAGUUCAGAAUCAUUGGGCGUUGCGCGAAUAUUCGGCCAACAUUAUGGCCGAGUUUGUUAAAGCUUACGACAGUGACGACAAUAGUAUAAUGCCAAGGGUCAUAAAGUAUGUGACUGAAUGGGUUGAAAAACUCGACAUUAACAACGAUUUAUGGUUGUCUCAUUGGAUUAAGCAAAAUGGGCAGGUAUGCAAUACGCGACUGUGUCAUACCAGAAAUUCGAUCUAUAUCCGAAGUAGUUGA